CACACACACACACACAUCAAUGGAGUUGACCGUACUCUACCGCGCACACACAUCUACAUUCUACCUCUAGCAGCAGCCACACGCGUUUGUGAGCUCCUACAGGCGCAGAAAUGGCAACGGAAACUUUCGAUAAGCAGAAGACUAUCGAUCUCCGACAGAAACAUGUAGGUCCAUCCUGCAAAGUGUUCUUCAGUUAUGACCCUAUCAAGAUUGUGCGUGCAAGGGGUCAGUACAUGUACAACGAAAAAGAUGAAAAAUACCUGGACUGCAUAAACAACGUAGCACAUGUGGGUCAUUGCCACCCAGAUGUGGUUGAAGCAGGAACAAAGCAAAUGGAGCUUCUCAACACCAACUCUCGCUUCCUACAUGACAAUCUGGUCCUGUAUGCUCAGCGUCUCCAAGCCACCCUUCCUGAAAAGCUCUCUGUGUGCUACUUUGUCAACUCAGGGUCCGAGGCAAAUGAUCUGGCCUUGAGGUUGGCCUGGCAGUACACCGGCCGCAAAGACAUCAUCACACUGGAGAAUGCGUACCAUGGUCAUGUGUCAUCGCUUAUUGAUAUCAGUCCAUAUAAGUUUCAUCAGAUGGCUGGUGCAGAGGCGAGCCAACAUGUGCACGUGGCUCUCAGUCCAGACAUUUAUAGAGGCAAAUAUCGUGAGGACCACCCAGACCCUGCUACUGCCUAUGCUGAAAAUGUCAAAGAUGUAAUCGAACAGGCCCAUGAAAAGGGACGUAAGAUUGCCGCUUUUAUCGCUGAGUCACUGCAGAGUUGCGGAGGGCAGGUCAUUCCUCCAGUGGGCUACUUCCAGAAAGUGGCACAGCAUGUGAGAAAUGCAGGAGGCAUUUUCAUUGCUGAUGAGGUCCAGGUGGGUUUUGGCAGGGUGGGCACCCACUUUUGGGGCUUCCAGCUACAGGGAGAAGAUUUUGUACCAGAUAUUGUUACAAUGGGCAAACCUAUUGGAAAUGGUCAUCCAAUGUCAUGUGUGAUCACCACUAGAGAGGUCGCCGAAAGCUUCAUGUCAUCGGGAAUGGAGUACUUCAACACAUUUGGAGGUAACCCAGUAUCAUGUGCUAUUGGAUUGGCGGUGCUAGAUGUAAUUGAGAAGGAAGAUCUCCAAGGCAAUGCCCUGCAUGUCGGAGGUUACCUGACUCAGCUUUUGGAUGAUCUGAAGAAAAGACACCCCUUAGUGGGUGACGUGAGGGGCCGUGGUCUGUUUAUUGGGUUGGAGCUGGUAAGAAACCGUGAUAAGAGGACACCUGCCACAGCUGAAGCUCAGGAUGUUAUUUACAGACUAAAAGAGCAGCGGAUUCUGCUCAGUGCUGAUGGCCCACACCGCAACGUUCUGAAAUUCAAGCCUCCCAUGUGCUUCACGAGAGAGGAUGCGGAACUUGUCGUGGAGACGAUUGACCGAAUUCUGACAGACUUAGAAAAGGCUUUGGGCCUUCACAUGCAUGAAGCAGUAAUAUCAGAGAAUGGACAUAGUAAGAGAAAGGAACACAGUGAGGAAAAUGGCCUUGCCCUCGAUCAUGCUUCAAAUGACAGCAGCCACAAGCACACCGGCACAAUACCUCACAGCAAAAAAACCAACAAGAGACCAAGAACCUAAUGAAACAGUGGGGGACACAACUGCUUUAAAUUACUAUUUAAUUAUGUCUGUAACAUUUUCCAUGUUAUAAUGGAUCUACAAUUACACUGUAUGAAGAUUACAUUGCCAUAUAUUUUAGUAGUGCCAGUCAGAACUGUAUCAGUGUUUCUAAUAAUGAGUUUUGAAAUAUUACCUCUGGGUUAAAAAAAAAAAAAGAACAAAGGAGCAAUAAGAAGCUAAUAAAUCAUUGUAUUUAUGGCAUUAUCGUUAUCUGUGUUGUGACAAGUAAACUGAGGGACACCUGCUGGAGCUGGUUAGUUUUGUGGGAGAGACUAUAGAUACGUUUAAAUGCAUCUAUACCAAAUUACAUACAACAAGUACACCUUCAACAUUGCUUGUUUUGCAACAGCCUGUUCAACUGUAUGCAUACCUGAGCAAAUGCACACUCAGCAGGUUCUGCUGAUGUCUGCCACAGUAAAACAGCUGGAGAAUCACUCGUGUCUGAUAGUAAUGGAGUGGAAAACGCCCUCUAGAUAAAGGCAGCAUGGAAAAAAAAACUAAUGUAGAAUGAAAGAUUUAGAAAAAUUAGUUGAAAGAGGGAUGCUGCUUGGGUAUAUCAAAAGAUUAAAUUAAAAAAAAAAAAAAAAUAGAGAGAGAGAGAGAGAGAGAGAGAGAGAGAGAGAGAGAGAGAGACUCAUAACAUUGUUUCAAAGUACAAUUCUGUCUUCAUUUAGGAUUUUUGCACUAAGUGCCGCAGUGGUGACAUUUUUGUAUACUAACCCAGAAGUUAGCAUCACCUUGUUCCCUAGCAUCACCCAAUAGGAUUAUUCCAUUGGUAUUGAAUUAUUGAAAAAUAAAUAAAUAAAUAAAUAAAGCUCUGUGACCAACAAAA